AUGGAUAUGGAAGAAGACAGUCCAAGUUUCAUAAUCCAAGAACAAGAACUUCAGGAUGAGAUCGUCGAUAUAGAGAGUCCCCUUUAUGUUGGGCUUUCUCCCGAUAAAGUCUGGGACCACAAUGUAGCCUAUGACCGUAGGUUCUGUUAUAACCACGGAGAGACGGAGUACCUGCUGGGUACCGCCGAUCGAUGGAUGUCUCCUCGCGACUUUGAUAUCCGGGAUGCUGAAGGUGCAUUAGAGGCCAUGCUUCAAAAGCAUAAGGACAAUCCUUCCGAGUUUCAACCGCAUUCACGACGUUGUCAAGCGGAAUGUUGGGGCAUUCUGUUCUCACAUGUACACAGUGUCCUUGACAAACGCGGGGAUGGUGACAGACACCUCUUCUUGGUGCGGUGGAAAGCUUGCUGGACUCCGGAGAGUUAUAUCAUCGACCAGGACUGGAUAGCGGCUUCGCUGGAAGCGAACAAGAAUCCAAAUUGUCGACGGAGGCCUCGCGUCUACUUUUUGGCGGUGCAAUCGACAUUCCAGAUCAUCAGGGGGGUCAAAUAG